AUGAAAAGUAUAAUAUUUGUGGGGGGCUUACUUAUUUUUAGAAAAAUUUACUUAUUAAUUAAUUAAUUAAAUUUUGAUGCUGUUUAAAUUUAAUUCAAAAAAAAAGUUCUUAUUUAUUUUAAAAUAAAUUCAUCAAAUAUAAACAGAUUUCUUCUUUUUAAUCAUUUUUUUUAAAUCCACUAUUUACUCUUUUUCUUUUCUCUUGUUGUUUUUUCAUGUCCUUCAUAUUUUCAUUCAUUUUUGCUCUUAUUUUUUUGCUUAUGUUGUUUUAUAAUAUCUUUUUUUCUCUCUUUUUAUAAUUUUUCAUUCAAUUAUUUUAUUCAUGAUGUAUCCAUGAUUUUUUCAUUCAUCUCUUAUUUUAUUUGA